UUAAGAGCAUAAGCAAAAGCCUCUAAUUUUCUUUCUUUAGGGAGCAAUGAUUGGGAGAGAAUUGAAGGGGCCUAAAAUGGCCUCCCUCGCCACCGCUCUUGUGGUGUUAGUGGCUCUUUUGGCGACGGAGGCCACCGCUAAUGAGUACAAGUACUCGUCUCCGCCGCCGCCGCCUAUGAGGCACUAUAAUCCACCACCAACUCCGGUUUAUUCUCCUCCCCACCACCCUUACAAGUAUAAGUCUCCACCACCGCCAGUAUACUCUCCUCCCCCGCACCACCCUUACAAGUAUAAGUCACCACCACCGCCAGUUUACUCUCCACCUCCCCACCACCCUUACAAGUAUAAGUCGCCGCCACCGCCGCCGGUUUACUCUCCUCCCCACCACCCUUACAAGUAUAAGUCUCCACCGCCACCUGUCCACCCUUACAAGUACAAGUCACCGCCGCCACCGGUGUACUCUCCACCUCCCCACCACCCUUACAAGUACAAGUCGCCACCGCCCCCUGUCCACCCUUACAAGUACAAGUCACCGCCGCCACCGGUGUACUCUCCUCCUCCCCACCACCCUUACAAGUACAAGUCGCCACCGCCCCCUGUCCACCCUUACAAGUACAAGUCACCGCCGCCACCGGUGUACUCUCCUCCUCCCCACCACCCUUACAAGUACAAGUCGCCACCGCCCCCUGUCCACCCUUACAAGUACAAGUCACCGCCGCCACCGGUGUACUCUCCUCCUCCCCACCACCCUUACAAGUACAAGUCGCCACCGCCCCCUGUCCACCCUUACAAGUACAAGUCACCGCCGCCACCGGUGUACUCUCCUCCUCCCCACCACCCUUACAAGUACAAGUCGCCACCGCCCCCUGUCCACCCUUACAAGUACAAGUCACCGCCGCCACCGGUGUACUCUCCUCCUCCCCACCACCCUUACAAGUACAAGUCGCCACCGCCCCCUGUCCACCCUUACAAGUACAAGUCACCGCCGCCACCGGUGUACUCUCCUCCUCCCCACCACCCUUACAAGUACAAGUCGCCACCGCCCCCUGUCCACCCUUACAAGUACAAGUCACCGCCGCCACCGGUGUACUCUCCUCCUCCCCACCACCCUUACAAGUACAAGUCGCCACCGCCCCCUGUCCACCCUUACAAGUACAAGUCACCGCCGCCACCGGUGUACUCUCCUCCUCCCCACCACCCUUACAAGUACAAGUCGCCACCGCCCCCUGUCCACCCUUACAAGUACAAGUCACCGCCGCCACCGGUGUACUCUCCUCCUCCCCACCACCCUUACAAGUACAAGUCGCCACCGCCCCCUGUCCACCCUUACAAGUACAAGUCACCGCCGCCACCGGUGUACUCUCCUCCUCCCCACCACCCUUACAAGUACAAGUCGCCACCGCCCCCUGUCCACCCUUACAAGUACAAGUCACCGCCGCCACCGGUGUACUCUCCUCCUCCCCACCACCCUUACAAGUACAAGUCGCCACCGCCACCUGUCCACCCUUACAAGUAUAAGUCACCCCCGCCACCGGUGUACUCUCCACCUCCCCACCACCCCUACAAAUAUAAGUCUCCACCACCCCCGGUUUACUCUCCCCCACACCACCCUUAUAAAUACAAGUCUCCACCGCCACCUGUCCACCCUUACAAGUACAAAUCACCGCCGCCACCGGUUUACUCUCCACCUCCCCACCACCCCUACAAAUAUAAGUCUCCACCACCCCCGGUUUACUCUCCCCCACACCACCCUUAUAAAUACAAAUCCCCACCACCCCCAGUGCACUCUCCACCACCACCAGUCCACCCAUACAAGUACAAAUCUCCACCACCCCCAGUGUACUCUCCACCACCACCAGUCCACCCUUACAAGUACAAAUCUCCACCUCCUCCCAUUUACUCUCCACCACCCCCAGUGUACUCUCCACCACCACCCGUCCACCCUUACAAGUACAAGUCACCACCACCACCGGUCUACUCCCCACCCCCACACCACCCUUACAAGUACAAAUCCCCACCACCACCCGUCUACUCUCCACCACCACACCAUCCUUAUAAAUACAAGUCACCACCCCCACCAGUUUACUCUCCACCACCCCACCACCCUUACAAAUAUAAGUCUCCACCACCCCCAGUUUACUCUCCACCUCACCACCCCUACGUUUACUCAUCUCCUCCCCCUCCUCCCUACCACCAUUAAAGAAUGGGCUCAAAUACUUUCCAGGUAGAGGAUGAAGAAUAUUGAGCUGAAGAAAGGAAGGGCAUAGCUAUAUAUACAUAGCAUUUUGAAGUUGAAGAAAGAUUGAUUAAAAAAAUUAAAAAUAAAUGAAAAAAAGUUCCAGAGAUAUUAAAGCAGCUCUCUUUCAAUCGGCUUCGAAUAGUCAUCGUCAAUUAAGAAGACCUUGUGUGAUGAGUACGUGCUUGCAUGCACGCUCGGUGUAAUAAUAUAUAUGUUUCAAUUCUGUCAUAUGUAUGUUCAGUUUGUGUUUUGCUUUCUGAGUUUCUCUCAAUCUCUUGUUAAACAAAUCUGAAGAGAGAUUAAUAAAAUAAUUUGACUUCAUGCAUGCA